AGCACACUUCACCAUCAUUCAUUUAAAUGGCCUUCAACCAAAUUCCUACUUAUCUAAACCAGCAUUUUUAUUAGUCAUGUGCUCCUAGCCUCACACAAUGUUUGUUUACUCCAAACGAUGACAUACAUUGAUAAAUUAAUUUCGUUUCACAUUGUUGAAAAUGAAAAUCGCAAAAACUUUCUCUCCUGGACCUAUCCCACGAUAACAGUCGACCACGAAAAAUACAUCCUGUCGAAUUGUUUCGCAAGAGGCGUUCAAAACGAAUAUUUCUGUGGGCGCGUCCAAAAUAACUGGAUCUACAUCAGCCAAUUCGUGUCAAGCAAAACUUUCGCGAUUGUGAUAGCGGCGAAGGAAUUUGAGCCAAACAAGUACCGACAGUUGUGUGAUAUUUUAGGGAAAAAAUACGCCAAAAGCCAAAAUCCGGUGGAUCUAGUUACCUUGUAUUUGAAUUUGUUCACUUCCGGCUCCUGCUCGUUGCAGGAAAAUGGUGCUUCGUUUGUUUGCAAUUUCAAAAAUUACGAAUCCGUUGCCAACUUAAAAGAGUUUAUCGCAUCGUUUGAUUUGGAGAUAAUUCUGCUGUAUUCGGCGAUUUUAUUAAAAAGGAGGAUUUUGCUGUUUGAUAACAACAUGGAACUGCUUUUAAGUGAAUUGUUGGCUAUAAGCAAUUUGGUUCCGCUGAGAAAAGUCGCAGAUUAUUUAUAUCCAGUAAUAGAGAGUUCAAAUAAAUUAAAAGGAUUGUCGUUUUAUGUCGCAGGGACUACAAAUAGUGACUUAAUACGGGAUGAACACUUGUAUGACCUCUUCGUUAAUCUGCGGACACGGGAAAUUACAGUAUCUCCAAAAGCCGAAGAGAUCAUGGCCAUGACCAAAACCCACAAAGACAUAGCCACUUUUUUGGUGAAACUGUCCGCAAGCGACCUACCUGAAACCCAAGUCAAACAACAAAUCCUCCAAAAGACCAAAGAAUUGCUCAGUUUAUUAAAAAGCCUGGCUUCGGUAACAACAGACAACCACGUAAAGAUGGUCACGAUGAAUGACCUAAGAGCUAAGAAAUACCACCCAAACUUGGAAAACUUUCUCUUCAAUUUGGCUGUGUCCGAAAAUAUGAUGAUUUUGUAACUUACGGUGCUUUAUUCUGGUGCAUCAAUUUAUAAAAUAAGUAUAAUAAAAAUAUACAUCAAUUCCGAAUACAAAGUAA